AUUAUCAGCACUUCGAGACAACACAAAGAACUUUGGUUAGAUCUGAGACAGAACGGCGCAUAUGUUUGCUCAAUUUACGGAUUCACCGAGUUUGACUGGGCAAGCGCCGGUAACUCGGUUAUCCUCCAUUUGUCCAGUGGUGACAACGUUGGUGUCUACUCUAGACCCGGUCAUGAAAGUCAUCUGUUCGGUUCUGCUGACCAUGUGUUUACAACGUUUUCUGGAGCACAACUAGUAUCGGAUUUCGAUUACACAGAACCCGUGGUGAUUUUCUCAGUAGGACUAAGUAAGAACGCGUCUGUGGCGGCCGGAAAAGUUGUCGUAUUUGACAAAGUUUUCGUCGAUUCGAAAAGAGCAUAUAAUCCAACUUCUGGAGUGUUUGUUGUUCCGGUCACAGGCUUGUAUGAAUUUCACUACCAUUGUCUUGGCGCUGCAAACACUUACGUGCAACUUACAUUGAUGAAACAAUCAAGCACUAUAAAUGGACUUUACGGGCAUAACACAGCACACGCCUCAUCUGCAGGCAAUGCAGCGAUUCUGGAAUUGGUGGGAGGACAAACCGUUUCAGUGAUGGCAAUAUCAGCCAGCUACCUCAUUGGCGCAGGAGACGAAGUUUACUGCACGUUUUCUGGGUUCAUGCUAUAUUCUACAGGGCCAAGUAUUAUUAUUGGCUAGCAGUUAUACUGUGCUCUAUAGAAAUAGUAAAUAAACGGUGAAGGUUA